AUGGGAAAUAACUCCAUGAUGGGUGAUGUGAAUGUCACGUGCAAUGGGACAAGCCGCAGCUGUUACACGGACAAUGGCACCGGGUCCAACUUCACCUUCCACGAACAGUCCCCUGACUUCUACGUGAUCCUCCCGGUGAUUUACUCUGUGAUCUGUGCGGUUGGGCUCACCGGCAACACUGCCGUCAUCUAUGUGAUCCUCAAAGCGCCUAAGAUGAAGACGGUGACUAACAUGUUCAUCCUGAACUUAGCGAUAGCAGAUGACUUGUUCACACUGGUGCUUCCCAUUAACAUUGCAGAGCACCUCCUGCACUAUUGGCCCUUUGGAGAAGUCCUCUGCAAGCUCAUCCUGUCCAUAGACCACUACAACAUCUUCUCUAGCAUCUAUUUCCUAACAGUGAUGAGCAUCGAUAGGUACCUUGUGGUCCUGGCCACAGUUCGAUCCAAGAGGAUGCCCCAUCGUACCUACCGAGCCGCCAGAAUCGUCAGCCUGUGCAUCUGGGUUCUGGUCACGGUCAUCGUUCUCCCUUUCAUCGUCUUUGCCAAUGUCUACAUUGAUGAUUUGAAGAUCAAGAGCUGCGGUCUCAAUUUCCCCACGCCGGAAAGGUUUUGGUUCAAGGCCAGUCGGAUCUACACCCUUCUCCUUGGCUUUGCCAUCCCAGUCUCCACCAUCUGCAUUCUCUACACCAUGAUGCUGUAUAAACUGAGGAACAUGCACUUGAACUCGAAUGCCAAAGCCCUGGACAAAGCCAAGAAGAAGGUCACUAUUAUGGUCUUCAUUGUCCUGGCGGUAUGUCUCUUCUGCUGGACCCCCUUCCACUUGGCCACCAUUGUGGCUCUGACCACUGACUUACCACAGACCCCCCUCGUGAUUGGCAUCUCCUACUUCAUCACCAGCCUCAGCUAUGCCAACUCCUGCUUGAAUCCUUUCCUGUAUGCUUUCCUGGACGACAGUUUUCGGAAAAGCUUCAGAAAGAUGUUGGACUGCAGAGCUGCCUAA